AUGGGAAAGUGGACGGACAAGCUUUACAUCACACAUGGGGAAUGGGCAGCUGAUUUCGGUGGGGCAAAAGCAGCACCAAGAAAGUAUGCAGAAGGAUAUCACCUCCCCUUUGGAUGUUGCAAUCGCUCUUUCUCUCAGCUGUUUGGCAAGGGCUCUGCUCCUGGUGUGCAGCCUAUGCUUGAUACCAUUACUGGUCUUCUCUACGACAAGCACGCUAUUUCCAGCGAAAUUUCAGACUCUCUAACCAAUGAAACAGACGCUACGACUGAGGUGUCAGACCAGAUCAUUGAUGGGUCCCAUGCCCCAUGCCAGGAUAAAUCCACUGACAAGAGAGGCAAAAGCCGCUUUAUCCCAAUUAAAUGGGAAAUUGAUCCUGUUACACAUGAGCCUAUUUGUCCUGUGAGCAGGAGGACACUCACGGAUCAUCUCCCUAUUGUUGCUAUACGUACAAGUGGUUGGCUCUACGACGCAGAGACAAUCCAACAGCUCAAUGUUUCCCGGCGAAAUUUUAUAGAUCUUGUGACCGGAAUUUCAUUUACCUCAGCAGACAUUAUUCGGGUCAUCACAGGGGUCGCGUCAGUAGCAAAAAAUCAGCCACAAAACAUCUCGAAACUCGGAAAUAGGCAGCCUUUAAUAGCGAUUGCUCAGUCUGCGAAGAUACCUGCUGCCAGUCCAUCGCCAAGUAUUGAUCGAAUUUUCCGGAGUAUCCGCGAGAAGCCGUCCGCAUUACAGGCGGAAUGUCGGAAGCUUGGACUUGAAAAGAUGCAGCUGCGACAUCUGCCAAGCAACAUUACCAUUACAUGCCCUGGGGCGGCUCCAAUGCCUUCGCGUGAUGUUUAUGCCCCGCCGCUUUCUACAAGGGGAACUCGGGGGGCAGUUUCUGCUUCUUUCACGUCGACUGCCAUGAGUAUCGCGACCCGCAAUGAAGAGUUAGUGCCUAGACCUGAACAUCCUGCUAGUAAACGUACUCGCCGCUAG